UUUCUAUCAGAUUUCCGAUUUCGAGGCUUUUUUUGAGUUUUCGUACAAUUCACAUUUCAUUUUCGACAGAAUCGACACUGACAAUCCCGAUUCUUCUCAGUCCUUUUGAAAUAUUCUAAUUUAGUGGUUUACACGUUCAUGAGAUUAUUGAUGAGAAUUCUGUCACGGAUUGGUUUGUUAUCGUGUAGUAAUGCAGCUACAGUCGCUGCUAAAGUGUAUUCAGAAUCAGUUCGCUGUUGAACGCCAUCGCGCUGUGAUUGAUUCCCUUGAUCUAGACCAGCAGGAUGCGGAAUGCGGGAGAUCACUGCAGAAUCAGAUUGAGGAGAAAUUGCUUGAAGAUGGAGUUCCCGCUGGUAUCUUCAACAUCGGGAACACGUGCUACGCCAACGCGGCUCUCCAGGCGCUGAUGGUGUGCCAGCCCUUCACGGGCUACCUCGUGGACCAGUUCAACCGCAUCCAGGGCCUGGUGGAGCAGCGCCAGUCCACCCUGGCCGCCCUCGGGCCCCGCCAAGACGGCCCCUUCCUCAGCGCCGAAUUCAGCCAGGUGGUCUCCUCCCUCCUGCUGCUGCGCAGCCAGAAUGAUUCCUUCUCCCCCUCGCACCUCAUGACCGCCGUCCGCAAGCUGUAUCCCCAGUUUGCCGUCGGGAGUCAGCACGAUGCGCAGGAAUUCAUUUCGUGUUUAUUGGACAGAAUACACGAAGAACUGAAGUAUCCCGUGUUCCAGUUGUCCGAAGAAACUGCCGACGAAGACGAAACGGUCAGCAGUACGAAAAGCGAUUACGAGAGCUGCAUGAGUCUGGUGUCGGAGGACUCCGUGUUCCAUUUAAACGGCGAAGAGGACUCCGGAGUGUCGGAUGGACUGUCCAACGGCCAUGUUAACGGCGACGAUAACGACCGGGAUUCGACGCUAUGCGGGAAUGGCGAUGAGUAUUACGAAUCCAUGGACGAUCAUUCCGAGCUGGACCCCUCCCCCUCCACGGAGCUGCCCACCACCGUCUUCCCCAAACACCGAACGAGUAAAGUGGUCACCUUCCGCAGUAUCAUCCAGGAUGUGUUUUACGGGGACUUCGCCGUCAGUAUCCAGUGCCGGACGUGCGGGGAGGUGUCGACACGCUACGAGAAUUUCCAGAUGUUGGAGGUGUCCAUUCCCACGGCGGAACAGUUGGCCGAAUGGAGUGAGGGGACGCUGGUGGAGGAGAAGAAACCGAAGGACAGUCGCUGGCCCAAGUGGUUGAGCCUGAAGACCGGGCAUGCCAAGCGACGCGUGGGCCUGAUUAAUUGCCUGCGUAAUGAGUUCCGCCCGGAGCAGCUGAGCGGGGAGAACCAGUACCACUGUGAUCGCUGCAACCGGGCCACGGAUGCCGUGAAGAAUAUCCGGAUCUCCCGGCUGCCAGAAGUACUAAUUAUCCAUUUUAAACGGUUUAAGUAUGAGAACUCUGGCGCGUUCCUGUCGACGUUUAGCAAUCCGGACCGCAAGAUUCAUGAUCUGGUGGAUUUUCCGCGCGAUGAGCUGCUGGAUCCGAGCCUGUUCAACAUGGACUUCAGCUCCAAAUACGAUCUGCGUGCGGUGAUUUCCCACUCCGGUUCCACGCUGUCCAGCGGACAUUACACGUGCUACGUAAAGACAGGCGAGCCCAACACCGCGCCGAAGUGGUACAUGUGCAAUGACGCCGACGUGACGGAAGUUCCGAGUUCCGUGAUUGCGGACACGGAGGCCUAUAUUUUAUUCUACUCCCAAGUGGAUCCCGAGAAGGACGAGCGCCUGUAUCAGUUGUGUAAGGAUCUCCGGCGGCUGCCUUUUGAGGGCACUCCGCCCGAUGGAUGGGAAGCAAUAUCCAGAAGGUCUCAGCUUCUUCCGCCUUCCAUGUUUGCCCGAUAUGACCAAAAUGUGCCACUCAUCAGUAAAGAGUGGCUGUCGAAGCUGAAGUGGUCGCAGAUGAUCCACCGUAUGUCUUCCCAGGACCUGAUCUGUCCGCACCGGCUACUCCUGCCCGGCACCCUACAGCGUCUUCCUGACCUGGCCCUGCCCAUCGCCCCGGCCGCCUUCGAGCGGAUGGUGGAGCUGUUCGACGGGGCGCAGUGCCGUCUGCUGCACCGCGGCGAAUGCUCACUCUGCGCGCACCUUCUCACGCCGCCACCGCCGCCCCGGCCCCACUCUGCCGAUCGCAGCAAGACCAUCGUUAAAUUAUGAUUUAUUUUUAUCCUCUUCCACUCGCCACACAGUUUUUAUUCAGUUACAGAUUUUUAUACUAUUUUUGCCUGUCAAAGUUUGAGCGUUUAAUUUUUUAUGAAUUGGGAAUUGUUAUCAGAGUUAACGUCUGCAUCUCGUACAGUUGGUUUACAAGUUUUAGUUUUGUAGUUUCUGAUGUCUGUGUCGUCGAAGGAUUUUAUAAUUAAAUUAGUUACGCGG